GUAUGUGGUCUUCCUCCGCGUGUGGACGUAGGCUAUACUAGACCUCGAGGCCUUGCAUAAGACUAAAUCAAACGCAUGUCAUGGCUCUCCCCCUUUAGUUUGGGGUUAUAUUUGUUAAGUUCUCCGUUGAACUGAUAUAGAAAUUAAAGUCGAUAUCUUAUCUAAUCGUUCAGUAUUACAGUUGGGCGUUUGUAACCGGACACCGCACUGGAGCUAACCUCCUCGUUUUGCGCGGAGGGAUACUAUAAUCGGACUGACAAUGUGGAGGUUGCUAAAAUGUCUACUCUGAGGCUGAAAUGGUUACAAUUGUAGCAGCCGUAAGAACGAUUUAGCACUCGGAAUAAUUGUGUAUUCGGCAACAUUGUUAUUGCUAUUGUUGCUUGGACUCUGCGCACCCUGGAAUAGAGGAAAGGCAAAGAUAUCAUUCGGCCAAUUUUGGGGCUCUAGAGUACGGGAGGGGGAUUCUCCUCAACUUUAUGUUUUUCUUUCUGCCGAGAACACUAUCCUCUCCUGUUGGAUGCAAGACUUCUGAAGAGUAAAGGACUAGUCUAGUCUCAGUGGCUGAGUGAGUGUGUGCGGUGAGACCAGAGGCUUCAUUCCAAUGGCUGCCGUGGGAACGGACAAAGAACUCAGCGACCUGCUGGACUUUACCGCGAUGUUUGAGGUGCCUAGUGUUGGUGGGAAGAUCAGAACGCUCGGAGAAGAACGCACUGGAAACAGCUCCUGGGCCCCGGGGGAUCAAAAUGGCACCGCCUUCAAUCAGCCACGGGGCUACUCUGAGCCCACCUACAGUGAUCAUGAUGGAAUCCUCCAGCCGUUUGGGACUCCUGGAAUAGGAGGUAAAGAGAGGUAUCCCUUUGGCAUGCAGGCUGGAAUGAUGUGUGGGGAUAUGCCCAUGCCUGGGGCAGAUACUCACUCCAACUCUGGGCUCAAACCAGAUUCUCAGUACCACCAGGGCUAUUCUCGCAGACGACCCACUGACGAACCCAUUGACUCUCAACCUAAGAAGAGGAAGGUGCCUGGACUCCCCUCUUCAGUGGUGUACCCAACGUCAGGGGAGGACUACAGCUCUGAUGGCGCAGGAUACCCCACUUCCAAACCAGGCAGCGUGUACCCCUCACAGUACUACCUGACGGAGGGCAUGAUGGAUUCGUGGGGACAAAGCGGGUACCCUGCCGGACUCCUGCAGAACUCACCCCACAUCGCCCAGCAAGCCCCCUUCAGUGCGGCCAACCCACAGGACAGACUGCAGAAGAGGCAGCCACUGGCCAUCUCUCCCCAGAACUACCCACUGCAGGCCGGAGACAUGAACGGCUACCACUCCGGCCCCUCCGCUUACGGCCCACCCAACGGAGCAGACAGCAUCAUGGCUAACAGAGGUGUUGCUCCAGGGAGCUCAGGUGAUGAGAUUGGGAAGGCGCUGGCAUCGAUCUAUCCAUCGGAGAGCAACGGUGCCAGUUUCCCCUCAACUCCCCCGACUCCAGUGGGCUCCGUGGGCUCUCCUCAGGCCAUCGCAGCCUCUCAGUGGUCGAGGUCCUCUGCCCAGGCGACCCCGUCUCCCAGCUUUGAGGGCGGCAUGCAGGCUAAAGUGGGGGACAGUCUGGAGGAGGCUCUGACGGUGUUGAGAGGUCAUGCUGUGGGGGCGCCGGGCGACCUGGUCAACCUCCUGAGCUCCGCCGGCGGCUCCAGCUCCACCUCCAGCCUCCUCACGCAGGCCUUCAGCCUUGCCGGACGCAUGCUGCCCAUUCACCAUGAGGACGGAGCCGGCAUGACACCUAGUGGUCCCCUCCUGCAUGGUCACCACAACCCUGGAGCUCCCCAAAGCUCCCAGCCUGAGGGCUUCAAUGGUGGUCUGCUGCGCACCAGCCACUCAUCCAGCAGUCUGGACAUCAAGCGCGAGGACAAGGAGGAUGACGAAAACUCUUCCCUCAACGACAAGUCCGAGGACGAGAGGAGAGAUGCUAAACUUGCCCGCUCCAGAACUAGAGAUCAACCCUUCACCCUACACAGCAACUCUGCCCAGUCAGACUCAGGAGCUGAUAACGAGGACGACGAGGACCUCCCUCCGGAGGUGAAGGUGGAGCGGGAGAAGGAGCGGCGCCAGGCCAACAACCAGCGGGAACGCCUGCGUGUGCGCGACAUCAACGAGGCCUUCAAGGAGCUCGGCCGCAUGUGCCAGCUCCAGAUGCGCCCCGGCCAGGACAAGCCGCAGACCAAGCUUCUGGUGCUGCAGCACGCCGUGCAGGUCAUCCUCAACCUGGAGCAGCAGGUCCGAGAGAGGAAUUUAAACCCCAAGGCAGCCUGCCUGAAGCGUCGAGAGGAGGAAAACCCCGGCAACCACAUGUGACACUGAGGUUGUCUUCAAGAGACAGAGCAGCUGUGGCCUUAAUGACAGCAAUCAUCUCAGCCAGCAGACAUGCAUCUACACUGCCCCAGUGUGUGUUAGAGUACACGUACACGUACACACACACACACACACACACACACACACACACACACACACACACACACACACACACACACACACACACGGAAACACACACACACACUUUUGUUCAAAACUGACACGUUGACCAUACCCCUGAGUAGAUGUAUACACUGACCAUUGAGUGCACCUGCAAGUGCUCAUACUGGCAUACACAUAGAUAUAAACACACACACACACACACACACACACACACACUAACUAUGGCCCAGUGGCAUAUUGGUGUCCGUUGCCCACUGCAGAAAAUGACUCUAUCUGAGAGACUCCAGCCACACCGGAGGAAGACUUUACGGAUCAGUUUUUAUCUGAUAUUUUUUUAUGAAAUCUAAAACAAAAAUGUUGCUUACUUAAUGGAAGCAAGACACAAAAAAAGAAACUAACAAAAAAACAGGACAUUCUGAUCUUUUGGAAACAGAACAAGUAGAGUGGACGUGGCUUCUAGAAGAGGGAGCACCACCAUCAAAGCAGCAGAGGGGACUGUCUCUGUGUGUGUGUUUGUGCAUUUGGGAUUGUAACGAGUCUGACUGGCGUAGUAAAUUGUGUUAUGGCAUCCAAACAUCCAUAGAGACAGACAGACACACAUACACACCUCCCCCUCCCCUCGAAGGUCGUCACUGCAAUGUGUGUUACACAGAAGUGAGGAGGGGGUCUUUGGACUGCUUUUGGAUUGGAUGCAGGCCAGGCCUCCCCCUCGACGACAUAAACCCUCCUAGAAGCAUCUAGAACAACCCCCACCCCAAGAGCCACACGUCCCCAGGCCAUCUUUAAGGCCCAUCCACACCAAGAAGAACUAUAACCAUAAAGGCAACUUUACUUAGAAACAAUAUGAACGUCCACACUGGCCAAUGAUAAAGAGGGUCUGUCCAGAAUAUUCACCCGGUUCAUUAAUGUGAUUUGAUGGAUUUUGAUUGGCUGUCAGGUUUCUAUCGCUCUAAAAUUGAAAAUCCAAUUAUGUUUUCAUGUUUUUUUUGUUCCAGUAUGUGGUGUGGACGUAGUUGUUCUAAUUAGUUAAAGCGAUACUUUAUACUAAGCGAUACUAGUUUUUACCGGUCUCAUUAUCGCUACAGUUGUGACUAGUGGUGUGGAUGGGCCUUGAGCCUAAGGUCUGGACUGCUUAGCGUGGAGUGUGUGGAUGAGGCCCAUGGGGUUAGUCGGCUCCUCAAGGCUGUGAGCGAGACCGUAGCCACAAAUUACCCUUCAUUUAACCGGACAAACAAAAGCAUGUUACAGGGACUGGCCUCUUACUUCAGCUCAAAUAAGUGAGAAUCCAUCUCCUAGGUCAAGAAGGAAAUGUUGCCGUAGCAACUCAGGUGGCCACGGGUGCUGAUGCAGUUUUUGUUGCAUGUUGGCAGAGAUAGGUUUCGCCAAGGCAACGACUGCACUGUUGCUGUCACCAUGACGACGAUGCACACCCUCCCCUUAUAUUGUAAAAUUUCGGUAAGACCUGAAUUGUUAACUUACGACAAGAAGCAGUAGGACUUAAUGGUAGUUGUACUCCUUAUCUGCUUGUGUGCUUAGAUGGCAUGAUGUAUGGAGGAUUUGAGGGCGUUUAUUUGCUUGGGGUUAAGAGGAAGGAGAGCUGAACUCCCUCCACCAUGUGAAUGGAUGGACUAGGUCAGAGUGCCGCCUCUGUGCAGCCCAGCUUAGAGAAGAGAAGAGAGUAGAAUAUCUUUUCUUUUGUGUUCAUUUCUUUUUCAUUUCUUUCGAACAAUUUGCAAAAGGGUUUUUUUAUGAGUGGACCCAAUAUGUGUAUGUAACUUGAUUACAAUUUGUACUUUGUAUUUCCCCCCUUUUUUUAUACAAAUAUUCUUUUUCUCCAUGUUUGUGAGUUAACUUUCUGAUUGUUUUUUUUAUGAACUACAUUUGUUUAAAAUGUAAUGUGUAAAGGCUUGUAAGGAUGCCAGAACAAAAUGUGUUCCUCUUUGCUCUUGCUGUUGACUGGUGACCGACUGGCCAGUCUAAAGGGACGAACCUCAUUAUUAGAAUCUAACAUUUGGAAAGGAACUAGUACAGUACCAGUACAGUCAGACCUUUCCACAGAAUAGCAGUAGCACUGUUUUGCGUUGGUUUGAUUUGCGUUUGAACUAAUUGCCCCAGCAUAUUAAGAUGUCAACCCCCAUGUCCUCCCCCUGCCCCUAAAGCAACAGUAAAGUAGGUUGUUGGCACAUUGCCGUAAUGCUUAAAAUAAAUAAAUGCCCCUUUUAUUGGGUUUAAGGUGAUCCCAGCACGCGUCUGAGCUGUGUGUGUGAAGCAGAGAAGAGAGCGAGAGAGAGAUCCAUCUUGCCCUUGUCUUUUGCAAAGGACCGGAUGCUUUUCUGAGUUCAUCCCUAGAGGCAGUGCUGUAGCCUCAGCAGGGGGAAUUGUGUCUCUUUUUUGGAAGGGGCGGUGGUGUGGCUCUUUAGGGGUCAGUCAGACCCCUGAGAAGAAACUUACUGACUGGACAGAACAGGAGGAGGAUAUGGCCUUGAUCUAUAUUAUCGACCUGCCGGGUCAGCUCAGACUCGUAUCAGAGGCAGACAGGCUCCUUCUCCUCGCUCUUCUGACUUCUGUUCUGGAGUGGAAUCAGAGAGUGGACGUUUACCAGUGCCUCUAAUUCUCUCAUUUCAGCUCAGUUUUGCUCCCCCCCUUCUUUUCCGUUUGUUUUGUGGGGGUGGGAUGGGGAUAGAUCAAAUAUUACACUGUUGUUGAUGAGGAUGAUUCAGAACACAUUUCAUAGCUUCAGUGAGCUGGAGUCAUCGAAGAAAGACACAGAUUUCAAUCCGCUUCUUUUCUUACUUUUUGAUGAAUUGAACAAUGGUGUUGGCAGCAGAAUUAGAAUUGGUUUUAAGAUGUUAAAUGUUAAAAGCACAAAGUAAAAAGAAAAAAAUCUCAGAACAAUCCAUGGUUCAGUGUCACUUGCAGACUGCUUUGGGUCCGAGCAUAGUCGCCAUUUCCCAGACAAAUAAGUUAAUUUCAGUCCCCCAUUAAAGUGAAAAGAGUCCUGAUCAGCUUCUAAAUCAGUCACUAGCUGCAGUCCUCAAUUUAACAAAUGUCAGCUUUUAUUCUUACACCGCUUUCAUGACUAUCAGGUAUAGUGUUCUUUGACUAUAAUCACAUUUAGAGGCUGUGUUGGUGGUAUACCUUCCCAGAUGACCUUUUUCCUUUAACCCUUUAGCCUUCCACAUUAUUACUGCUGGGAAAAGGCAGCCCUCUACUGGCAGUUUAGUAUACUGGAUAAUAGCACAUCAACAGAGGGUACACCUUUCCCAAGUUACUCCUACAGCCAUCAUCAGUCUGAACAGUGUUUGACUCUUUCAAUUGUUUAUUAACGCCUCUGAGAAUCAUCAUGCUGGUUUCUUCCUAAAGCUGGCCGACAUUCUCAUAUCUCACUAGGUCAUGUUUUGCCAUCCCGUUGUGUCCCUAGGGGCACAGAGGGGAGGGGAGAACCUCCUCCCUGCAAUAUAUUUCCCAACAGGAUUGGCUGUAGAAAGGCAUAUGUGCUCUCUUGUGUGGGUGUGACAUGAAGGACACCACUUGUACCUGCAUGGCCGACCAUACCAUCCAAUCAUCUCCGUACCCUAAGACACACUGCAAGUUAAAUCUGCGGUCUCUCUUAUGCAUUGGGGACAGAAUACAAUAUAUGUGUCCUCACAGUGCCUCUAGGCGGACUCUUUAAAAAUGUAGUUAUUGAGAACAUUCAUGUAUAUAACGUAGCAAUAAAAGUGCCAUUUUUAAUAACAGAAAUAUACAUUUUUCAAUGUCUGUCUUUUGGAACUUGUAUACCUGAAUAAAAAGAAAACAAUGUAAUAAAGUGUUUAAAGUAGA